AUGGAUGCCAACACACUGACUAAAAACCAGCCAAUGCCCUCGUUGAUAUGCCUGUAUCAACUAGCACAGGUAUUCCUUGUCGCGUCUGAAGCCAAUACUAACACUGGUAUCCGCAGAGACACCUUCUCAACACUCAGCCGGCUUCACACCUCCAGGAUGAACCCUCAUCAGAUAAUCGAGCGGCCAAGGCGUGUCCGACUACCGAUAGAGAUUCUUGUCAUGAUCAUUGAGCUCCCCAUUCAAAAAGAUUCCAAGGCCAUCUUGCGAGCCUCUGAUCCCAUCACGAAAUGGCUUUUGGCGUUUACCAGAGUUUGCAAGGCCACAUACCCCACGGCAUCAAAGCUUCUCUGGCGAUUCUGUCUUUGCAUAGACUCGAAGCAAAGAGCUCUAGAUUUCAUGCGGUGCCUGGCAAAUCCGCUCUAUUACCCUCCAAGAGAACCCUGGAAAGUGCGUGAUGAAGCCAGGCUAUUCCUCGCUCCAUUUCCUCAAAAGAUUGAGUCUCAGAAUUCCAAUGGAGAGUCUGAACCUGGAGUGUCAAGCGCUCCCGUCGAGGCAGAGCCCCAAACAAUCGAGCUUCGAGAGCCGCCCCCUCACAGGCCCAACCCGAACAGACACAGAGAUCCCGCCGAUUCAGAUAGUAGCUCAGAAAUCAGCUAUAGCUCAGACUCCGGCUCUGUCCGCUCCUUCAUCUUUCGAUAUCCACCAUCACCUCUCGACGACCUUGAGACAGCUCGGACUACACAAGGGAUUCUCGCCACCCUAGCACCGAUAUUAAAGACACUCAUCAUUGAUAUGCCACUACGAUCCCUCCAUCCUCGUGCUGACGAAAACGGCAUCCGCAGAAUUCUAAGACGAGGCUUCGAAGCCUUGGAGAACCUAGAGGAAGUUGUCAGCGUCCAUGAUAACCUUUUCCUCGAAGCCACAAUGGAACCUGACGAGGAAGAAAACGUCUGGGCCACGUGCUGGCCAAAGCUGCGUCGUCUUUGUCUCUACGGCCAGGAGGUUGAUGAGGAAUUCUGGGCCACCCUAGCUCACCAUCGUCGCUUGGAAACUGUCGUCCUUUCAGACCCAGCGCCGAAAUACUGCCUAGCGGCUGAAUGGAACAUAAAGGGACUCUGGUUGGAUAACUUGCCCGGAAAACGAAAAUACCCACGAAAGAUGUCCUUGGUCUUGCUUAACUGCAUUGGUCGAGAGGUUGAUUUGAGAAUGUAUGCUGCUUCAUGGCAGAAGCUUGACCCCAAAAACCGAGUGAAUAUUCGGGAUUUCACGCUUCAAACACCCCUUGUUGAGGCCUACGACGGGCCUAUGGAGAACUGGCCUCUUGGUCCAGCAGACCUUUGUCAGUACUUCAUCACAGAAAAGGCGCUCAAUGGCACACUCUGGAAUGAUGUUUUGAAGAAGCACGAAGCAUGGUUGAAGGAUCCUGGUCCUCGCAAAGAACGUGCUCAGUAUUACUAG